GCGAUAAAACAGUAGGUUCCUUCGAGAAUCCCAGAAUUAAACACUCUUACUUUACUCAUAAUUCUGCCGCCUGUUAUAUAAACUCGAUCAAGCUUUGCUCGUUAUUCAAUUGCAAGAAAGCUGCUGCUGUUAAUUGAUUUUACUGCAUCAAAUAAACCAAGUGAAUAAACAUUUUACAAAAUGAUCAAUUUGGACAAUAAAGUAGCCUUAAUUACUGGUUCAAGUGAUGGGAUUGGAGCUGCAACCGCUACACUCUUUUCAUCUUUAGGUGCUAAAGUGGCCAUAGUUGGACGAGAUCAAACCAAACUGGAUAAAGUUGCUGCUGAAUGUGAAGCAAAGUCCCCUCAUCACUACAAGCCUGUUGUUAUUAAGGCUGAUUUUGUUAGAGAUGAAGAUGUUGUUCGAACCUUUGAAGAAACCAUUUCUGCUUACAAAAAGUUAGACAUUUUGGUAAACAAUGCUGGUCUAUCUUCAAAAAAAGGGUUUGGUGAACCUGAUGCAUUGGCUGAUUAUGAUCGAGUUCAGCAGGUUAAUGUUCGAGCUGUUGUUCGUCUGACUGAAUUGGCUGCACCGCACUUGAAGGAAACCAAUGGAUCUGUUGUUAAUAUUUCAAGUGUUGCAGCUGUACGACCCAACCCAGGAUCUUGGUCUUAUUGUAUGUCAAAAGCUUCUCUUGAUAUGUUUACGAAGUGCAUGGCAGGUAAACUGGCUCCUCAUGUUCGAGUGAAUUCAGUUAAUCCAGGAGCAGUUCUAACAAGCUUCACCCGAGAUCGACCCGAUCUGGAAGCCUUAGGACCAUUUUUUAUUCAAAAAAACCCUUUGAAACGAGUCGCUGAGCCAAUAGAUAUUGCCAAUGCAAUUGCUUUCCUCGCAUCGGAUGCCGCAAGAAACAUGACUGGUUCAAUUGUUUUUUCGGACACUGGCUUAUUAGUUGCUGAUCCUUAUGCGAAAUAAGUCUACGUUUUGAUUAACCAGUAAAGUUGAAACUGGUAACAAUCAAUUAGAAUCAUUGUAUAAUUUUGAAAUAAAGACAAUCAUUCUCAGAAAAUCCUCUCAAACGG